CUGCUGGUCUGCAUGAGUUGGAUGCACAGUUUCGACUCUCCAGCGUGGAUUUAAAAAAAAAAAAAAAAAAAGCGCAAGUCGCCGGAGCUUCAGGGCAAACACGUUUUUCUCACUAAACAACACGGGAACAAGUCAGACUGACUUAUUUCAUCGGGAUUUACACAUAUUCUUUUAUAAAUAACAUCUUACUUGGGACUCCUUUUAAUCCAUUGCAGAGAGAGCUUGCAUGGGGGUAUCCUGGAGGAGGAGUUCUUUUGUGACCAAACAACUAACGGAUUUUCCGUUAUAAAAAAGGAAAUUGAGCAACGAGCGCUCAAUGAACAGCUUAACCCGGGGACUCCGACGCACAGCUGCUCCUGAUGCCAGCAGAAGUCCUGUUGAACAUAAUCAAGAACCUGUGUCCAUCUCUUUCAUCCAUCCAGCUCUACAAGCACUUCACUUAAUGAGAUGCACGCAUGUGACCUGAAGCACUUGCUGAUAACAACCCCUCCUCACAUAGCAGGUUCUCUGCUUCAUGGGUUGAACCACCAGAAGUUUGACACUCUCCUUUGCCGUUCUCUCCUCCUCUUCGUGCUUUUCAUAACCCCUCUGCUCUCCACGCUUCCAUUCUACAGCCUUGCUCCCUUUGCCCCUACUAGCACCACCGUGAUGGUUUGUUGUGCCUCGGGCUUGUUUGGACUCGCAACCGGAGCAUCGUCCUCCACUACACAGACUUGUGGACGGAGCGGGAGCCACUAGAGUGAAAGUUACAGAAGGCGGAGGAGGAGGAGGAGGAGGUGGGGGGACUAAGGAGAGACAGACAGAGAAAAGGAGCACAGCACCACAGUAGAAAGGAGGGAUCAUCUGUCCCAGCAGCAGAGGGAUCCACCUGUCCCACAGAGGAAGGGGGCCCCCCCACCUGAUCCGUUUGGCUGCAGGGGGGGACCCUGCGUGGCCGGGAAGGCAACAGGGACUAUGCAGCUGGGACUGGUGGCGCUGGCAAUGAUCUUCAUCAGCUCCAUGGGUCAUAGCGAUGCUCUCAAGCUGUCCAAGGCGAGAAGGCAGAGACGGGUUAGCACUGAGGGGCCGCCAUCGUGUCCGAAAGGCUGUGACCGAUGCUCUGAGUACAAUGGCUGCAUUAAAUGUAAGCCCAAGCUCUUCAUCUUCCUGGAGCGCUAUGACAUCCGUCAGAUUGGCGUGUGCCUCGCCUCCUGCCCAAUGGGAUACUUUGGGAUGAGGAACCCAGAGGGCAACAACAGAUGCACCCAAUGUAAAAUAGACAACUGUGAAGCGUGUUUCAAUCGCAAUUUUUGCACAAAAUGUAAGGAGGGCUUCUAUUCACACAGUGGGAGAUGCUAUGUAAGCUGCCCUCCAGGCUUGCGCACCGCCAAUGAGACCAUGGAGUGUGUCGGUCAGCGUGCUUCUGAGUGUGAACUGGGCGAGUGGAGCCAGUGGAGUUCCUGUAUGAAGAAGAACAAAACGUGUGGAUUUAAAAAAGGCUCGCAGUCUCGGGUUCGUUCGCCCCUUCCGCACGUCUCCAGCUCAGACACUUCGCCGUCCUCUGUGCCCUCGCAGUCCUGCGCUCCGCAGACAGAGAAACGGAAGUGUGUCGUGACAAAGACGCCGUGUGCAAGAGAGCGGAAGAAUAAGGGAGAUCCGCAAGAUGAUUCAAACCACAGAGACAGGGACAAUACACGUGGUCGAGGACGAGACGGAAAAAGUGGCAGCAAAGGAGGAGGUGGUGGAGGAGGAGGAGGAGGAGGAGGAGGAGGAGGAGGAACUAGUGGUGGUGGGAAGAGGAGAAAAGGCCAGAGCAGGACGACCACUGUUGCUAGCAUCACAACCAGCUUUGACACCUAAACUCCAGUGGCUGCUCGGUGAGGCUGAGUGGAAAAACAGAGACAGUUGCCUCACCCAGCAGUGCCAGCUGUAAAGUGAAGGAACGGAUUAAUGCUGCUAUGUGUUGGGGAAGAGGCAAAGACAAAUGAGGAGGACAGCUGCAACAAAACAGGCUCUCCUGAGCUAUUUGACAAGAUGAACUUGUCUGGGACAGACUGACGUGUCAGUGGUUCUCAGAAAGACUUUCUGAUCCCACUGUGUGGCGUCGCUGCAGGAGAAGCAAAGCCACAGUGAAGACUGUGGUUGGUAUCAUGACCCUGCUUGUGUCACUUGUUGAACUAAGAACAGAGCUUGUGUGUAAUGCAGCAUUAAUGCUGGAAGCCUGAUAAUGAAUGUAAGGCCUCUUCACUUUGCUCUGGCUUAUGAUGUUACAGUCCAGCUUUUAAUCACAAUGUGUUCUUUAUUUGUUUUCGUGUUGGCGAGAGGUGGCGGAUGGAGUCUCAUUACAGCCACUGUGAAGGCAAUGAAUAGCAUGAAGACUUUAUUUCCUAUUUUGAGAUGAAAUAAGAAAAAAAAAAAGGCACUGGAAAUCAUUUGUGGUUGGUGAGGACAGAAGAUCCUCUGUGUUUUAUUUUGACGACGGAUUCUACUACAAAACAAGCCCAAGAAGAUGAAGAGGUGGAUUACUGCGAGCUCGGCGCACGCUCGUGUCCUUCGCUGGUGUUGACACAGACUUUUGCCAUUUGAUAUUUUUGAUGUUUCGGAUUUAAUGUUGAUGUAUCAGAAAAUAGUUCUGCGCAAAAAACAAGGAAUUACAAAAAAAAACAAAUAUUUGCAUGGUACAAGGUUACAUGUGCGUGCUAUUAUGCAUGCAAAUGUGUGUGUGAGUGAGUGAGUGUGUGUGUGUGUGUGUGUACGUUCAUGUCUGUGUGUGUGUGUGUGUGUGUGUGUGUGUGUCCACCUAAAGUCUUUUGUGUUCGUAAGCUUUUCAGCACGGAGUCAAGUUGCUCGUCGACGGAACCUGGUCGUUGUGUUCCAUGUGUGUUUACGUUUGCACAUGUGUGUUAACAUUGGUCUCACAGAUUGAAGCAGUAGGGUCUGCAUUUGAAGAGGAACAAAAUGUAAAUGCACAGCGAUAUAUCGAAUAUGCAGUAACUGCAAGCCACUGUUUGUUAUAUAAGCCAUCAACUCAUCAGCUGCUCAGUAUCCAUGUAUGUUUGCAACAGGGUCUGAAGAUUUUUGCACAACUAUAAUGUUUCCUACUGCUCAAGUUUCAGAACAGUCAUAGCAUCUUACACGUUUAUACUCCAACAGCCGACUUCAUAACAUUGCAGAUACAGGUGUUUUUUUUUUUUUUUAUCCCUAUAAUGUUUUUAUGGAUCUGUUUGCUUUCAGGAGAAGUUACCUGCUACAUUAUUCAUUCAUACUAUGGAUUGUGAUGCUGAAUAUGUCAAACUGUUUAUCAUCAAAAGCAAGAAGUAUUAAUAUCAUCAUGUAUAGCUUAUUGAAGCUUAAAUAAAGUUCAGAUGAAGCUGA